AUGUCGUCUUUACUUGAAGCCGUAGCUUUGUUUCUUGAAAACUAUUCGACAUUUUCCAGCUGCCCCAAAGAAAAUUUGAAACUUUUCUUUGAGCAAGCAAAAAUCCCAUCCAUUUCUAUGUGCAAUUACUUGGGACACUUAAACCUAUAUAUGCAUUGUCCAGAGCAUUGCUAUGUCAUGGCUUUGAUAUAUGUUGAAAGACUUAUAUCAAACUUCAAAAAAAAUAUUUUUGAUAACAUUUCGCUGCAUAAACUAUUUUUAAUCAGUUUAUCUAUCGCAGUGAAAUUCAGCGAAGAUAAAUAUUGCACAAAUUCCUAUUACGCAAAAGUUGGAGGAAUUCCUACUAAAGAUUUUAAUAAUCUUGAACAGAGUUUCUUGAUGCUGCUUGACUUUAAUUUGUAUAUAUCCUAUGAAAAUUAUGAGAAUUUCAUAGACAUAAUUGUAUCAACGGCUCACUCCAAAAAUCGACAAAAUUACACAACAAAAGAAAAUGUUCAUAUAACUCAUGAAAUAGUGCUUAAUUGUGCUCCAGCGUAA